GGGAGGAAGACGCCAUUAGUUUCCACAUUUGAUAAAAUUGUGUGCAGUUUUGAAAUACGAUAAAGCUGUAGGUGCCGGAUUAUUACAGCGUAAAUAAUUUGAAUUUGAGGUAUUGAAGAUAUCGACGAAACUCAAUUAUAUAUUCGUUAUAAUUGCAGUAAUUCUGCAUUCGUAAACUGCACACACACACACACACACACAAACAGAAUUGUGAACUGCAUCGCGGCUCGUUUCUGCAGGGUGUAUUGUGUAUGGCGUACCAUUUCACCGUUAUAACUGAACCCGAAAGGGGAAAGUUAUUGAUUUACUUCUAUAGGUGCCAGAAUUAACUCUGCCGUACGUAAAACGUCAAAUAUAGUGGGAACCGUGUAAACGAAAGGAAUUGGAUAUAAAUAUUGUCGUAAAGACGAAUGUGAAUAAAAGAUUUUGAGGUAAAAAAAAAAAAAAAAAAAAAACCACCUUUCGCAAACUCGCAGAGAUAUUAUUGUUAUCAUUACGAUAUAUUAUUAUACACGACGGUAUACGAAAAAAUAAUAAAACACAACAACAAUUAUAUUCGAUCGUAAUACAAAGCUUUAGCGAUCGAGGGAAGAAAGAGUAUACGGUUGAAGAAAAGGGAGAGAAGGAAAAAAAGACGAUGAAAAUGCGUUUACUCCAGGGUUGUAUGCAUAUUUUCAAUCUGAGGCAGGGGACGAUUCUCAUUGCGAUAACCCAGCUGAUUUUGUCGGGAUUUACUAUGAUGUUAAUGGUCUUGGCGCUUGCACACGCUAAAGAAAUAGGCGAGCUUGUUGCAAGGGAUACGGAAGACGCGUUGGAGAGAGAAGCGAUGGAGGAAAUAUCCCCGAAACAUAUGAAUACAAAGAGAAUGGACGUUGCUCAUCAUCUCGCUACUGAGGUAUUGUACUCCUUGUACAGCGGUCUUGUUAUUACCGUUAUACAUUUCGUCUCCUCGAUACUUCUUCUUUACGGAUCUCUGAUGAAUAAUCGACAUUUUAUGGCUCCAUGGAUUACGGUUAUGAUGACCGAAAUCGUUGUCGGAAUAAUGUCGUUGUUCCUCGUCCAGCAAGAUUGUCCAUUUAUCGCGAUUUUGGGCGGAAGUGCCGACAUUGGCGAACGUCUGUUCGUUCUGUUCAUCACGAUAGUCAACUUUUACAUAUGGUUCGUUGUCUACAGUACCUACAAGACUUUGGAGGGUAAAAAUAAGGGUUUGACGCACGAGGUUUAUUUCUUUAAAAAACAAAACGCGACCACAAACGGAUCCGUUGUUGGUGAAAAUAUCAAAACACAAAACGGCGUUUCGCAACCGAUUGACGUUUAAACAGGUCUAUAUACCUAUAUAUAUAUAUAUACACACAUAUACAUAUACACGCAUCGCAACAAUUUAUUUUCUAUAAUACUUAUUCAUGUAUAAGCUUUAAUUUACUGGCUUGCAUAUGAAUUAAUUUUAAUACCACUUCCUGAUCUUUUUUUCUUAUCAAUAUCGCGAUUUUUUCAACGCGAUUUCACGCAGUUAAUGUAAUUUUUGAUAUUGAAAUUUGUUUGAUCGAAGAAUUUUAUUUAAUUAAAAUUGUUUAUUAUAUAUUUAAAAUGGAAAAAAAAUUAUAACAUUGUGUAUAUAUAUACGAGUAUAUGUUUUGAAAUUGCACAUACGUAUAAUGGAUACGUAUACAAUUAAUAAUCAAAAGUUUUGUUAUUAAAUUGAGCGUGAGAAAAAUUGCUUUACGUAUUACCCUGUGUUGAGAUCGAAACUUUUGGAGGAGAGAGUAGACAGAGGGAUUGAAAAAAAAAAUUGUUAAGUAGAGGAAGGGAUUUUUAUCGAUAGAAGAAAAAAAGAGCAUAAAAAAUUAACGUAAUUUAUAUUUAUUUUGUAAAAUUAUUAUCGAUGCGAUUAUGUUGUAUCAGAAAUUUUAUCGGUUAGGCAGAUCUAUUGGGCGGGAAGAAUUGAAGUAGCUGCAUGGAAAAAGAGACGGUACUAAUAAUUUAAUUAUAAAACGAGUAGUUUUUAAAACUGCGAUGUAUUAACGUGAAUGAUGUAUUUAUUUGUGAAAAAGAAAACUAUAUUAACGAAUGAAAAUUAUUGUUACGUUGUAAGUAUAAAUAAUGAAGCUGAUCGAAAAUAAAUCAACGAAGUUGAGAAACGGAAAACGUUGUUCUCAUUUGUUGCAAGCUUUUUUCCAGUUUCUGUUGUGACAAUUUGACGGAACAAACACGGCGACAAAUCGAUUUUGAAAAAAAAAACACCGUUUUUUGAUCACUCGAAAUCACAAAAAAAACAUAAUCUGAACAAAAUUUCGUC